GCAAUGGGUUUCACCUUAUUAUGCCGCACGGUUGGCUCAUUGCUGGAACCAAUGGCUAAUUUAUCACACUGGUAGUAGUUUGUCGUCAAAUGUCGUCAUUAACAGCAAGUCACCACGGUAUGUUCGAAGCUAAAGAGUUACGUUGUGUAUUGAAAAUGCCCCAGCGUGAUGGAUGUUUCCACUAAGAUAAGUAGCGCUGAUGAACUUCAACAGUUAUACAACAGGAACGCUUGUACCGGACAGCGGUACAACAGCGUCAUCUAGCGUCACUUUCACGCAAUGACGUCAAGCCCGCUGCGUCACUUCCUGUUUCAACAUGGCCGCGCACUGACAAAUGUGACAUUACUACUUCUGCUGAAAGUAAAAGACCCAAAACGCGUUCCUUGUCCCUGCAACAAGUCAGAAAUAUCACAGGAGGGUUUGCUUUAAGCCGUUCAACAUCCUCACAGUAAAGGUGACCUCCUGUGCCACAGGAUCGUUCAGGCAGCACCAUGGUCCAUCUGUCAUCACUCCUCCUAAAGAAGUACCACGGGGGUUAUGUUGUAAUCCGACUGGCUCUUGCAGGCCACAAACAAGCUAACAGACCCUUUUAUCGCAUUGUGGCAGCUUAUAAUAAAAGGGCAAGAGAUGGUAAAUAUAUGGAGCAGCUGGGCACCUAUGACCCCCUCCCCAACACCCACAACGAGAAACUUGUCAGCUUGAACUUUGACCGAAUCAAGUACUGGAUCGGCUGCGGUGCCCACCCCACAAAGUCUGUGGCAAAACUUCUAGGCUUGUCAGGAUUCUUCCCUCUGCACCCCAUGACUGUAACGGAGGCAGAGCGUCGCAGAGCCCGAUUACAGCAGACAGAGACAGCAACAGGAACGGAGGACAAGCAGGAAGAGGGACAGAAGCAGGCUGAAGUGUGAGAAAUAAAGCACAGGACUUGUUUGACUGUGAAGUAAAAAAGGCUUUUGCAGAUCAUUUGUUUUCUAAUUUAAUGGGCGGACUUUUGGUACCAACUUUAGAUGUUGCUUUACUUGUACCCAUUAUUAUUAUUAGCUAUGGGCCUUGAAUAUUAAAACUGAUUCUUUGCAAAAAAUGCAACAUGAAGUUGCAUUUAUGGGCAUGGAGUACUGUUUGCAUUUGUUGUUUAAUGUGAUUUAAUUAAAUUGUUUCAAUAUUA